UAAUAGAAUGCACUUUAAAAUUAUGAUCUAGAGGUUAAAAAAUUUAAUUAAUUUUUUUUUAAAAUUUAUUUUAUAUGUUAAAAAAAAUUGAAAUUUUGUUUUCUUAUUUUCAAGAAUUUAAAUUAAAAUUAAAAUUUUUUUAUAAUUAUUUUUUAGUCAAAUGACAAACACAGCCUAAACUUGAACAAUUCAAUCCAAAUCGUAUAAAGGAUAUAAUGGUAGUUUCAGACAUUUUGAACCAGAGAAAAAUUUGGGAAUGUGGCCGUGUUAGUGGAUAGUAGUGGAAGUAACCGCCUAAACCGUCAGUGCCAGGGGAAGAAAAAGUGAAAAUAAAAAACACACAGAAGCAAGAAGAUCGACAAGUGAAUGAAUCAUUCAUCUUCCUAGUGCGAAAGAAUAAACAAUGGAAGGAAAGAGAGACGAGAUAAGGAAAGGCCCAUGGAAAGCAGAAGAAGAUGAAGUGCUCAUUAACCAUGUCAAGAAAUAUGGCGCUCGUGAUUGGAGCUCCAUUCGAGCCAAAGGCCUCUUGCAGCGAACCGGCAAGUCCUGCCGCCUCCGUUGGGUCAACAAGCUUCGACCAAACUUGAAGAAUGGCUGCAAGUUUUCAGUGGAGGAAGAGAGAGUGGUGAUAGAGUUGCAGGCACAGUUUGGGAACAAAUGGGCCAAAAUAGCGACGUAUUUGCCUGGUAGAACUGAUAAUGAUGUGAAGAAUUUCUGGAGUAGCAGACAGAAAAGGCUAGCAAGGAUUCUACAGACUUCAGCGACUCCUUCUUCUUCCUCCUCCUCUAACUCCAAGCCUCGGAAGGUUAAAAAGGAAGUUCCUGCCUUUCAUGAUGUUCCCACUCUGCAGGCUCCAAUGUUCAGCUUUUCAAUGGAGGAAGAGUCAUCUACAAAGGCACAGUCGUGUUCAUCAUCCUACAUUGAUACCCCUGAGCCGGCCUCUAUAGUGCCAUUGCCAUUCCAUUCGGAUCUUGUUGUUAAGAACGAAUUGCCUUGCUAUGACGCAAAUCUUGCUCAAGUGGAGACCCAAACACAAAUUCCCUUCCCUCAAAUCUCACAACACCAACCAGAACUUACAUUCUCUCCAGAAAGCCAGGAACUGUUGGCCAGACUUGAGGACCCUUUUCUAUUCAAUGUGUUUGGAGCAGUAGAUGCGCCUGAACUGGGAGCACAACUUUCCUUGGGGCCGCCAUUAUUUGAUCCGUUUUCAAGUUGCUUGAAUGGUGCGAGGGAAGUAAGGAGUCCUACAACUCGUGGUACCUUCUUUGAUGACUUCCCUUCUGACGUUUUUGACAAUAUUGAACCGCUUCCUAGCCCUUAGCAGUGGUCGAUUACAGAGCUGUUUUCAUCUCUAUAGUUAAAGAUGAACUCUUUAGCUAGUUUCUUUUGCUGCAAUUCAUAUGGCUUGUGACUGCUAUUCUUUGUACUAACCGCCUUUUGUAUUUGAAUAUAUCACUUUUCACCACUAUUUGUUUUACAAUAUACCAAAUUAUAAA